AUGAGCUCAGAGCUCCAACCCACACCACCGCGGUCGUCGUCGCAGGCAACAUCUCGUUCACUCGGACCGCCACCGCCGCCUCGACCGCCAUCGCCGCCAUCAGCCGAGUCACUGGCGACGGCUGCGCGGACGCUCUCUGCGCGUCUCGAUCAGGAGCGGCAUGCCAAACGCUCGGCGCUGGCCACCAACGUCCGGCUGCUUGCACGCAUUACCGAACUGGAGAAGUCGCUGGCGGCAGCAGAGUCGACGGUGCCGCCGGCGGUGGCCUCGGAGCUGGCCGAGACGGCAGCCAUGGCGCGGCGGGAGGCUGCGGCGCGGGCACAGGCACAGGCUGAAGUCAAAGCACAGGCAAAGAAAAUUGCGGUGACGGCGGCAAUGGUGGAGAGGCUGGAGCGGAAGCUCGAUGCCACCCGCAAGGCCUACAACACACUCGCCAACUCGGGCAGGACGCCGGGCCGGGCGGGAGGUAGGAGUCGGGCUCGUAGAGCUGGUAAGACGGCCGAAGGUAGGCCAGCAGCAGCGUCACCGCGGGCUGCAGCCAUUCGGGCUCGGCUCGCGGCGAAUCGAGCCAAGGCGGGAAGCGAUGGUGAUCGCGCUGGCGCUGAUGCUGGGAAUGCCACCGACGACGCCGGGACUGUCUUUCUCACCGCCGUCCCGCCUCCAGCCGGAAAUUCUGCCACCCCAGUCAGUUCGGCAAGCGCGAACGGAGUGUCGCCUGCCAGUCGCCAGGCUGACGUCUCAUCGCCGCAGCACCUUGCGUUCCUGCUUGAUCGCGAGGCCGCGGCGCGGGCGCGCGACAAGGAGCUCAUUGCGUCGCUGCGGGCGUCGCGGCGCGAGGCGCAGCGUGAGGCCGCUGCGCUCCGGACCAAGCUGGCGCUACUUGCGGGCUCGCCGCUGUUUUCCAAGUAUCUGGCAGCCAUCUCACAGGACUGCUAG